AUGCGGUACGGCGGGAAGGAUGCGGACCCGGAGCGGCCCACGGUGAUGGGCAAGCCCCUGGGCGCGGAGUCGUAUCGAAUGAGCAUGGUCAAGAGCGACUUGCUGGGUGAAGGCUCUUCAUCCAUUUGCCGCAAGGGCGUAGACCUGGAGACGGGACAGGAAGUGGCGAUCAAGGUUUACAAGAUGGCGUCCAAAGCAGUGAAUAGCUCUGAGGAAGUGCGCUUGCAGAAGUUUAAGCGCCAGAUUCAGGUUCUGAAGAUGCUGCAGGAGCCCUUCGUGGCCCCGAAGGACGAGACCCUGUGGCACCCGGACUUGGCCAAGGCCACGCCCUCGAAGCUCUUCAUGAUGCUUGUGGACUACUCCAAGGAUGAGAAGGGCGAGCCGGCGCCGGAUCCGCACGACGGGGUGAUGUACGUGAUCACAGAAGCCGCUCUCUCGCUGCCGCGCCUGGCGCCUCGGCGUCCAGACGCGCAGCGGGGUUUCUGCCGCUGA